CAAAAAAAGGAUAUCGAUCUGAGUUAGUAAUUGAAGUAAAACAAAAGGUAUUUAGAAGAAUAUGGCUUUUGAAAAACCAGCUGUUGUUCUUGAUAAUGGUAGUUACUAUAUUAAAGCUGGGUUUGCUUGUGACAAUCAUCCUGUUGCAAUAUUUAGAUCAAUGGUUGGGAGGCCAAAUUUUUCACAGAGAAGUCUAGGUCAAGAAUAUUAUGACAUAUUUAUCGGUGACGAAGCUAUUGAGAGAAUAGAAGACUUGGAAUUAUGUCACCCGAUAGUAGAGGGAAGGAUUGUCCAUUGGGAUAAUAUGGAAAAAAUUUGGCAUCAUGUAUUUUAUAGAGAAUUAAAAGCGGCACCUGAAGACCGAGCUGUUAUUUCAGCAUGUGGUCCCACAGUAGAUAUUACAGAAAAAAUAAAGUGCUGUGAAAUAUUUUUUGAGACCCUUAACUCUCCGGCAUUAUGUAUACAGCCACAGUGUUCUUUGGCAAUGUACGGUUCUGGAACUACCACUGGACUAUGUGUGGAUAUCGGACACGCCACUACAGAUGUUAUACCCAUUUUUGAGGGAGGAAUGAUGAAAUACGCUCACAUGAAAACAAAUUUAGCAGGAGUGCAAAUAGCAGAUUUCAUUAAAAAAAGUUUAUUGGAUCGCAGUGGUUCGCAUACAAUCAAGUCCCCGAGCACUUUAGAGGACGUUAUCAAAAACUGUUUAUAUGUAACAAGGAACUGUGCUGUCACCCGAAAGCAAUAUCUCAAAAAGUACACAUUGCCUGGUGGUGAAGAAAUAGAUGUCAGUCAUGAGGCUUUUAUGGCAUCAGAACUAUUAUUUCAACCGGAUCUCGUUAAAGGCGAAGCUACUGAUUUUUUACCCUUGCAUGAAGCUGUUAUUACGUCUGCUUUGAAAUGUGAUGAUGAGUUAAGGUUAGAAUUAUACAACAACAUAGUUCCUUGUGGUGGAUUGGCUACGAUUCCAGGGCUUAACGAAAGAUUGGAACUAGAGAUUGUUAAGCAAGUUGAUAAGCCCAUCGCAAUACUGUCUUCACCAGAAGCAUAUGCUGUAGCUUGGUUAGGCGGAGCCACGUUCGCAGGGCUGGGUGAUGCCCAGAAAAUGUGGAUAUCCAAAAAACAAUUUGAAGAAUAUGGGGAAAGAAUUGUGAGAAAUAAAUUUUUAUAAUACAAUCUCCCGUGUGAGCUCUAAAUAUAAGUCUCGUUAAAUAUACAUUCUCAGUUAGAUUAAAUGUCUGUUCUACUGAGGACUAAGACCAGAGGCUUCUACAAAACCAUUUGCUCACAAUGUCAUGGCAUGUGACAUUAAAAACAUGCUAGAUUGCCAGACAUGUCACAAUGCAAAAGUACCCCGUAGGGAUGGGAAACGGUAUGUGUUAGAGCGUAAUUCGAUAAAAUAUCUUCAGAACGUGACUAUAAAUAGAAAAUAUUACAAAAUAAAAGCGUUUUUGACCUUAGAUGUUUGUUAAAACUUACUAGGUUGUUACCUAGUUUUAUGUCGGUAUCUGUAAAAUAUGAGUCAUUUCAUUGACUGAAUACAUUUGAUUGUUAUAGCUUUAAAUAAGACAUUACGUUGUAAUAACCAAAGGAGGUGAAUAGAGGUCUAUCAUCUAGGAACACAUUACUAAUAAUUGCUAGAUAUAAAACUAUAUUCUUUUUGCGCAGAUGGCCAUGUUGACCAUGCUCGUCAACAUUAUACGACUGUACUAUAUAAUAUCUUGACUGAGAUUUGCACCACCAUUGUUCUUGGCAACGCUUGUACAAAGCUUGACACGUAGAAACAAGAUGGAAACAAAAUAAAAAUGAAGUAAUUGAUUAUAUCGUUUUCAUUUUCAGUUAUUGUUAAA